CCUGAUAUACACAUCAAAUUAGCCAAUGAAAGUAGUACUCGUCCAAAAUGCUUUUAUAACGAUAGAUAUCAAUAUCUAUUCAAUCAGUAUUUUAUCAGGACAAUCAAUUAUGAUGUGUGCUUAUUGCAUUAUAUUGAUAGCAGUACAAUAAGUGAUGUCAGUCAAAAUAGCUUCAAAAAUGGAUCUAUUUUUUAUUCAUAUCCAGGAGAUGGAUUUUAUCCGAUCGAUUUUUCAUAUACCUUCCUGAAAAAUGAUACUUGCAGUUAUGUGGAAGUGGAAAUUGAUGAAUCUACCAUAACAAGAUCAGUUGAUUGCUUUCAAAGGCUUUUCCAUACAAAUAAAAUGCCAAUAAAGAUAUUCGCAUGCAGUUGUAAUCUCCAAAACAAUGGCAAUCACUGUGAUCGAAAGUUGGCAACAGAAAUUGCGGAUCGCGCAAAACGAUUUCCAAUCAAAUUAUUAACAAAGUGCUCGAAAUUUGAAGCAAUUGGGCUGGAGAUGAAAAAAAGUAAAUUGGUAUAUGCACGUCACACUUCUUAUUGCUUCGUGCUUAUACACCCAGUAUUUGACGAGGAUUCAAAUAUCACACGAUUCAAUAUCACAGGUGAUGCUGUAACACGACAAAUGGUGGAUGAAAGCGAAAUGCAUCUCAAUCAUAUCGCAUUUUCAAUGCUCAAUUUUGCCAUUGAAAUUAUAAUUCUUCUUAAUAAUUACAUAAUUUGCAUGACCGGUACGGAUACAAAAUUCUGCAAAACAUUCUGGUGGUAUAAUCUCGAAUCCACUGCCGGUAUUUGUUUUUGUCGUUCCUACGAUUUUGAUGCACUACCGUGCAAUCAAGGUCCAAAAAUGAUCGCGAUGACAAUAAAAACGUUUAUGGAGAAUGAAGGAUAUUAUGAAAAACCUUAUCUGACUCGUCACGUGUUUGAUUUACGUGGCUCAUUACUGUGUCAAUGGUCUUCUUUUUAUGCAGCUAUACUUGUUGAUCCUAAAACAGGCAAUUUUUAUGGACAUCCGAAAUGUGUUCCGAACGAGUUUGAUUUAUUAAAAAGCGAAAGAAAUCAUAGACCGAAAUCAUUUGGUAAAUGUAUCAUAAUCAUUGUAUCAUUGAAAUCAUUCAAAUAUUACGAUGAAAUCAAGUCCUGUUAA